AUCCUAUUGAUAGUGAAAAUGCAUUAGAUACAAAGGCUAAUAUAGUAGAUAAAAAUAAUGAUAAAAGUGAUUUUGAUGAUGAUAUUGAAGAAUCACAAAUUCAAGAUCGAUUAGAUAAUGAUUAG